UAUAUAUAUAUAUAUAAUAUAACGCAUUUCCCUGCGUGUGUAGAAACAUGUCUCUCGGCCGUUGCCCCAGCUCGUGUGACUGCUUUGUUUCGCUGCCUCCGGCUUCUAUUUCUCCUGUUGUGAUCUUCGGGAAGAACUCCGACCGGCCUCGGCAUGAGGUCCAGGAGGUGGUUUAUUACCCCCGCGCCACUCACCCUCCAGGAUCCAGAGUCAUGUGUACGUUCCUGGAGGUGGACCAGGCACCCGAAACUCAAGCGGUUCUGUUGAGUCGCCCAUCUUGGUUGUGGGGGGCAGAGAUGGGCGCCAAUGAGGCGGGGGUCUGUAUUGGGAAUGAAGCGGUGUGGACCAAAGAACCAGUAACAGAGGGUGAGGCCCUACUGGGUAUGGACUUAGUCAGACUUGCGCUGGAGCGAGCCUCUUCUGCUCAGGAUGCAGUGCAGGUCAUCACCGAGCUCCUGGAGCGCUAUGGCCAGGGGGGGAGCUGCAGGGAAGAACCCGAGCCCUUCAUAUAUCACAACACGUUCCUGCUGUGUGACCGCUUGGAGGCGUAUGUCCUGGAGACCGCUGGGCCGUACUGGGCAGCAGAGAGGGUUACUGAGGGAGUUCGGAAUAUUUCCAAUCAGUUAAGCGUCUCGGUUCCGUGGAAGGAGCAUCCACAGCUUCGCUCGCAUGCGGUAGAGCAAGGAUGGUGGGACGGCCACGGGGAGUUCAGCUUCAGUGCUGUGUAUUCUCUGGAAAAGCAGCCCGAGCGAAUGGAGGCAGCAAAGAAGAGGUACAAAGCAGGAAAGGAACUGCUGCGGCGGCAAGAAGGGCAGAUCACAGUGGAUUCCAUGCUACAGAUCUUGCGUGACAAGGACAGUGGUAUUUGCAUGGACUCUGGUGGCUUCUGUACCACAUCCAGUAUGGUAUCCGUGCUUCCGCGUUGCCCCAACUCACCCUGUAUUCAUCUGAUGACUGCCACACCAGACCCAUCGAGGUCUGUGUUCAAACCUUUUGUCUUUGACGCACUAGUAGGCCAGGUCCCUUGGGUGCUAUCACCCACCUUUGGAGAUGAUGACCCUGUCAAGAAGAUGCCUCGGUUUCAGACUCAGGUUGAUCGAAGGCAUGAGUUAUAUAUACACCAGCAGAGGGUGCUGGAGGUCUGCAAAGGCAAAGAGGAUUCUGAAUGCAGGUUACAGGUCAAGCAGAAGGAGCUGGAGGCUGAUAAUCUUGAGUUGGUGAAGAAACUCCUAGAUAGAACAACCACUGACUCCAUAAACCUGGGUGACCUCUUCCUAACCUGCGUUGAGAAGGAAUUAACAUUGUACAGAGGGGAAAUUAUAUGAACUAUGAAACAUCAGAAAUGACCGGUGCUUUGAGAUAAUAAAUAAUGUUUAAUACAUAA